UGUGAGGCGGCCGCCGCGCAGCCGCAGUGCUGGUGUGAGGCGCUCUUGUGGGGACGUGGCCUGAGCUUCUGGCAGUGAGGAAACCGACAUCAGGAUGAUCACAGACGUCCAAUUAGCAAUCUUCGCCAACAUGCUAGGAGUAUCCCUUUUCCUGCUUGUUGUGCUGUACCACUACGUUGCUGUCAAUAAUCCCAAGAAAAUGGAAUAAUGGAUUAGACUAGGUCUAUAACAGUCUGAUGGAUUGAAGAUUGGGACCAAUGAACAGUGGAAUUGUAUGAAGGAUUGGAGCGAGAAUGAUUGAUGCUGCACAGUGCAGAUUAGACUUUAGAAGACUGCAGUACACUACAAGAACUACAUUAAAUGCUCCUUGUCCUGAUAACUGUUUGUGAAUAAAUCUGUACAAUAAUUUGUUUAAAAAUAAAAGUCAUACUUGUUAUUUUGAAA